ACAUUUGAAUAGACGUGUGUCGCCCUGCUCGCCGUGUGUCGCCUCAGAGCUGCUGCAGCCGGACCAAACCCUCACACCACCACACCCAGAGACCCAGAGACCCCCAGGACCCUGACUCACCCCCCAGGUAAGACUAUUAGGACUCUGAUCCACACAGGUGAGUCUGUGAAGGCGGCACAGAGACACCUGAGAGGACUCCGCUCAGAGAUUUUUUUAUGACAGAGAGAAACUGCAGAGAGGAGGACGGAGCGUGCAAAAUCUUCACAAUCCUUUAAUUUAUCAUAAAUGUCUGUGUAGUUUAAUCUAAAACUCAUCCUCGCUCUGCAGACCAGAGACUUCUUUAAAAACAAAACAAGUAAAAACAGGAACUUCAAACCCUCAUUUCAGAGUGAAGAAACAAACGAGAGGAAGACGAUAAAAAGACUUUAAUCUUCUGUUUGUGGACUAAUCUUUGCAGAUGUUCUGAAUCGGCUGCAGGACAGAUUUAUCUCAGAGUCUCUCAGUUUUAUGCAAAACAGAAUGAAACUGAAAAUUCAGACCCGCGUUUAAUGUGAGAGACCUGCUGCAGAAAAACCACAAAAACAGAAUAAAGUGGGUUUAACAUUUCUCUAAAACCAAAGAUGGUUUCUCUUCAAACUGUCGAACCUUCACUGUGACAGAGGAGAGGAGCACAGAGAGAGAGUCCGGUGUUUUUAUCUCUGAGUUUCUGCACAUUUCCACAGAUCUGAACCCCGACUUUAAUCCUCUUCAGGUCACAGUUUCACACUUUUUCCUGCAGAAAUAUGGAGACAAAACAGAAACUUAAGAGUCGAUUGUGAAAUGAGGUCAUUGGAUUUUUACAGAGAGUGACUGAAAUCAUCUGAAAGUCGAAGCAGAGAUGGUUUGAAGCAGAGCGAGGCCUGCAGGAGAGGAAGAAGAAGAAGAAGUUAAAGCUCUGCAGUGAGCUGAAGAGGAAGUUUGCGGUCGGCUUCACUUCAACAGAAAAAAGAAAAAACUCAGAGACGGUGAACAGAAACUGAUCUGAGCUCAGAGCUUCAUCUGUCAGGAGGACUUAGUUUAAGGAGCAGCAGGUCUGCAGGAUCUUAUUGAGGGUCAGGAUCUCUGAGGGAGAGCGGACAGACCGUUCAGGGUCGCCGUGGUCGUGACGUCAGAUCCUCAUGACUCGGCAGAAACCACAGAUUUAGAAAAUGGAAGUUCAGAGACGGAGGACGUCUUUAUCAGCUCUGCUCUUUAGACAGACUCAGUUUGUCACUUUUCAGUAAUCCUGUGAUUUUCUCUGUGAAACUGAUUCAAACAUUAAUCAUCAAACCUCCUGAUCAGGAUCCUGAUCAGGUCUGACUGUAGACCUCCUUCAGAGACCACCUGAUCCAGACUGGGGUCUACAUUUAAAGUACUUUACUGUAAACUUGUUAAAAUCGUUAUUUCAGUUCCAGUCUAAAACUCACUCAGCUGCAGAAACGACCUCUGACCUCUGACCUCCAUGACAUCGUAGUUUUUAUUAAUUAGUCCGACUUCACGGUGACGUCUCCUCGUCUCCACAGAUUCAGAUCUUCUUCUUUAGUGGUCAGAUUCUUCUUCAGGUGUGAAAGUUUGACUUUGUUUAAAUAUAAAUCAUGUUAAAGUAAAAUAAGAAUUAAAUACUUUCAAAUACAUGAAACAAAAGUGACAAAACUCACUUUAUCGACCUGUUUUUAUCUGAGUUUGUCUUUUAGUCUGUUUUUAUUUCCUCCUCUACGAGCUUCUUCUGUUUAAUUUAUCUGAUAUUUCUUCUUCUGUCACUGACUUUACUCUUAAAUUCACUCUAAUUUCAUUUAUCUCAGUUAUUUUAAUUUACUUCAUUUCUGUCAUCAGCUGAUUUUUAUUUAUAUCAAACAGUUAUAAACAUUAAUAAGAUAGAACGAGCUAAAGCAACAAAAAGGCAUAUAAAUAAUUUAGAUAAUAAAGAGAUAAUAAAGGUCAUUAAAAAAGAAUGAAAGCAGGAAACUAAUGAGGAUAAAAAAAAAGGAAACAAACAAAAAUCCAGAUUAAAGGAGAAUCUUUAAAUGUUCAAAAGUCUAAAUAUGUAAAAACUUCUUCAGCUUCUCCUGUUUCUCUGUUUUUAAAGGCGCUCCUCUUAUAAAGUCGUUCCAAUAAUCAUCAAUAUUUAUUAGUUUGAUUUUCUUCUUUAAAGUGUUUGAACUUUAAUAAUUAUCAAUCAGAGGAAAUCAAUCAAAAGUUCUGCGGUCUGAGGACUCAUCAUCCUGUUUAAAGGUCCUCAGAGACAUUAAAAAAGGAACCACACACACACACACACACACACACACACACCGGGUGAAUCAUCACAGACUGAAAUAAACAGUCAUGUGAUCAGACGUUGAAGGAUGACCGAAUUUUUACUCAUCAGAGGAUUUUUCUACGUUUGAGCAAAAAUGAUUUAAAAAAAUAAAAUUUAAACUUCAAUUAAAAAAAAAAAGAAAAAAACAAACAAAAAAAUAAUAAUUUAAAAAAGGAAACAAAGAGCAAAGUGAGAGUGGUCCUCACUGAAAACAUCAUGACCCUAAAACAGGACUGAGGAGACCCUGAACUGAGGAGCAGAUGAAGUCCUCGAUCAGGGUCAGGAUUAGACUGUCAGACUCCAGAACCUGGUUUGCUGGGUCCACUAAGGUCUACAGAACCGGGUCUACUGAAACACCUGGAUGUCCUUCAGAGUGUUUGUGGUCAGGUUGCAUUCUGGGUACUGUAGGCUCCAGUUUGAAUGAAUGAGAAUCUCAUUUCCUGUGUUACUUUGGUUUCUUAAAGUCUCAUGAGUCCAGUUAUGAUGGUGCAGUGAGGGACCGGGGUCCAGACCACCUGUGGGGCCUGUAGGUGAUCAGGUCCUGCAGGUGAUCAGGUCCUGUUCUCACACGGCAGUUAGAAACAGGGAAACGGCGCCGUGUGUCAGACAGGAAGUGUGGCAGAAGCAGGAAGCUGAAGCUGGCAGAAGUGAGAACUGUUUGCAUCACAGACCAGAAUCAGGAGUUAGAAUCUAGUUCCUCCUUCAGUGCCCCACCUCACAGCAGGUCCUCGCAGGUCCUCACAGGUCCUCACAGGAUCGUAGACUAACGUUAAAACCUCUUCUUCUCUUCUCUGUGUCAGGUUUAGCACUCCAACAUGGCCGCCAGCACGCCGAUCGCCGCAGAGGAGCUGGAGGAGCUCAGAGAAGCCUUCGCCAAGAUCGGUGAGAACCCGGGGGGGGGGGGUCAGUUCCUCUUGUUGGAUCAGAGGAAACAGCAGCAGGAACUGAGACAUGAGAGUGAUGUGAGACAUGUUGUCAUAAAAACACCCAGAAUGCACCAGUUCUGACAUCAUCGACAAUCUUUGGUACAAAUCAAAACAGUCAGAGGAGUCGCUACGGCGCCCUAAUGAUGGAGGCCGCCAUGUUGGAAAUGCUGACUGUAUUAAAGGGAUAUUCCAGCGCAUUUUUAAUUCAGGGUCAAACACACCGUAACACUGAGUUAUCACCUACUCUCUUCCAGCAGCCGCUCGUUUGUAGUGAGACCUCAGGCCAGUCCAUUAUGGACUACAGCGGGGUGCCGCAGCUCAAGGAAGAACAUUUAUGAGGUCUCGAUAUGAAGUUAGGUGCUGUUCUGAGCAUUAUUUAUGGCUAUAGAGUGACGUUGAAACAGGUAUUAGGCCUCCUGGCGAACAGCUACAGCACACCCACCUGUCAGUCUUAUAAGCCCCGCCCCUAAGUUUGCCCAAUGAUGGACACUUUCCUCAGUCUGUACACGAGCUGAGAGCUGAAGACCCUCCAGAGAUGUUUGAACAUGAAGCUCUAUGGAGACCGACUCACUGUGGGACACAGCCUCUAGUGGACACUGGAGGAACUGCAGUUUGUGUCUCCUGUCUGAUUAUGUGCUGUAGUUUUGUUUUCUCUGACCUUUGACCCCUCCCUCCUCCCUCAGAUGUCGAUAAUAACGGGUUCAUCAGUAAGGCGGAGCUCACAGACCUCUUCAGAGCCGCUAACCUGGCUCUGCCGGGGUACCGGAUCAGGGAGAUCGUCCAGGAGCUGACCAGGACCAGUGACCAGCUCACCUUCGAGGAGUUCACUCAGGUGAGUUUUAGGGCCUGUUGCUAUGACAACCACAUAAUCAUCCAGCUGAGAGUACCUGCUGUUUAAACUGUAACAGCAGAAGUGUCUCCUCAUGACGAGUCGAUACUAAAAAAACGACAAAAACCUAAAAAAUAAACGUUUUCGUGUUUAAAACCUUCGAGUUCGACCCUCACACAGGCCCUGAAGGAGAGCUAGGAAUUAUGGGUCAUAUCCGCUGCCUGACCCUGUGUCUUUGUGCUCAUCCUGCAGGUGGUCCAUGGGCUGAAGAGCACGGAGGUGGCGAAGACGUUCAGGAAGGCCAUCAAUAAGAAAGAGGGGAUCUGUAACGUGGCAGGGACCUCCGAGCAGUCCGGGACCCAGCACUCGUACUCAGGUCUGCCCUCAGUUUCUCAUUCUGCUGUUGAUUAUGAGGUUUUAUCAUCGAACCCGGUCAACCUCUGAUUCUCUGUGAAGAAGACAGAGAUCAGAACCGGUCAGAACCAGAACAUCUGUGGGACCGUUUUCACCGAAUAAAACCUCAGAAAAGGAAAAAAGACUUAAAGACUUGGUGAAUGAUGAGGAGUGAGUCAAUGAGAAGAGGAAAAAAGUUUGAUAUUUUUUUUUGACUUAUUUUUAUUUAUUUUAUCUAUUAUUUUAUCUUUUAUUUAUCUCUUUAUUUUGACUUAUUUUUAUUUAUUUUAUCUUUUAUUUAUCUCUUUAUUUUGACUUAUUUUUAUUUAUUUUAUCUUUUAUUUAUCUCUUUAUGUUUACUUAUUUUUAUUUAUUUUAUCUAUUAUUUAUUUUUUAUUUGGACUUAUUUUAUCUUUUAUUUAUCUCCUUAUUUAUCUCUUUAUUUUUAUUUAUUUUAUCUAUUAUUUUAUCUUUUAUUUAUCUCUUUAUUUUUACUUUUUUUUAUUUAUUUUAUCUAUUAUUUAUUUUUUAUUUUUACUUAUUUUUACUUAUUUUAUCUAUUAUUUUAUCUUUUAUUUAUCUCUUUAUUUUGACUUUUUUUUAUUUAUUUUAUAUAUUAUUUAUCUCUUUAUUUCAACUUAUUUUUAUUUAUUUUAUCUAUUAUUUUAUCUUUUAUUUAUCUCUUUAUUUUAACUUAUUUUUAUUUAUUUUAUCUAUUUUUUAUUUUUUAUUUUUACCUAUUUUUACUUAUUUUAUCUAUUAUUUUAUCUUUUAUUUAUCUCUUUAUUUUGACUUAUUUUAUCUCUCAUUUUUCUCCUCUUUCUUCUUUAUUUGCUCUUUAGUUACUGUAACAAGAAUCUGUUUCCUCCUGUAGAUCAUUAAAGCUUUUCUGAUUCUGAUUAUUCAGAGCUCCUUCACUGUUUCAUGUUUUUAACAUGUUUAAGAAGUUUUUUUACCUGAGGAGAGCAGAGUCCACUGAUGUGAUCUGAUGUGGACUGAUGUGGACUGAUGUGGUCUGAUGUGGACUGGUGUGGACUUGUCUCUGCAGAGGAGGAGAAGGUGGCCUUUGUGAACUGGAUCAACAAAGCUCUGGAGAAAGACCCGGACUGUCAACAUGUGCUGCCCAUGGACCCGUCCAGUAACGACCUCUUCACCGCCAUGGGAGACGGGAUCAUCCUCUGGUGGGUCCUGGUUUUUUGAUAGUUUUUAGAAGAUCCUGUUAAAACCUUCAAACAUCAGCCCAGCUUCAGUCUCAGACCCUCAUCAUGAAAACCUCAGAGGAGGACCCCCGUGUAGGUCCACCUGUCCACACCUGAGGACUAACGCUCUGACUCUCUCCCCCGUCAGUAAGAUGAUCAACCUGUCAGUUCCCGACACCAUCGAUGAGAGGACCAUCAACAAGAAGAAGCUCACCCCCUUCACCAUCCAGGUCAGUCCGUCUUCUUCUCAGAGUCCACCUCUGUGUUUGGUCCAAACCCUGAACCCUGGUCCUCGCUCCAACAGGAGAACCUGAACCUGGCUCUGAACUCCGCCUCCGCCAUCGGCUGCCACGUGGUCAACAUCGGGGCCGAGGACCUGAAGGAGGGCCGGCAGCACCUGGUCCUGGGUCUGCUGUGGCAGGUCAUCAAGAUCGGACUGUUCGCCGACAUCGAGCUCAGCAAGAACGAAGGUCUGAACGUGGUCCAGGAACACGAUCCAGACCAGUGAGACCCCGGUCUUCUGAGCUCUAACUCUGUGUGUGUGUGUGUGUGUGCGUGUGCAGCUCUCAUCGCUCUGCUGCGUGACGGCGAGAGUCUGGAGGACCUGAUGAAGCUCUCUCCUGAGGAGCUGCUGCUCCGGUGGGCCAACUAUCACCUGGAGGAGGCGGGCUGUGGAAAGAUCAACAACUUCAGCUCCGACAUCAAGGUGAUCAUGUGACCUCUGAAGGUCAUGUAUUGAUGUGACCUUUGAAGAUCCUGUGACCAUGUGACCUCUGAAGGUCAUGUGACCAUGUGACCACCUCUUUGUUUUUCUGAUUUUUUUCACCGAGAGUAAAAACAAACAGAUGUCACAUGAUGUUUGAAACCUCCUGCAGAUGUUCAGGAGGUCAAAUAUUCAAACUUUAAUCUCCUCCCCCGUGUUCAGGACUCCAAGGCCUACUACAACCUCCUGAACCAGGUGGCGCCUAAAGGAGACGAGGAGGGGAUCCCCGCCAUCGCCAUCGACAUGUCCGGGAUCAGGGUGAGUCCAGAAACCAGCCGACACUCAUGGAGAAGACACAGGUUUUCAUAAAGGGGCGUGUUUAAAAGGGGAGUAUCUCAGAGGGCGUGUCUUAAAGGGGGCGUGUCUUAAGGGGGAGUGCCUCAAAGGGGCGUGUCUUUUAGGGGUGUGUUCUUAAGAGGCAUGUCUCAAAGGGGCUUGUUUGAUAGGGAAUGUUUUUAAGGGGAAUACCUUAAGGGGGAGUGUCUUAAAGGGGCGUGUUUUGGAGUAUUUUGGGUCCUGUAUCUCUGGUUCACAUAUAUCGAUCUGGUCCUCGCUGGUCCGUGUCCGUGCAGGAGAAGGAGGACCUGAAGCGAGCGGAGUCCAUGCUGGUCCAGGCGGACCGGCUCAGCUGCAGACAGUUCGUCAUGCCGGCAGACGUGGUCCGAGGAAACCCCAAACUGAACUUGGCCUUCAUCGCUAACCUGUUCAACAAGUACCCGGCUCUGAAGAAACCCGAGAACCAGGACAUCGACUGGAGCUCCAUCGAGGGUGAGACUGUCGCCGUCCCGCCCUCCUCAGACUCUGAUCCAGAUCAGUCCUCGGGGUUUUGUUGACCAGGUGUUUCUCUGCAGGUGAGACCAGAGAGGAGAGGACCUUCAGGAACUGGAUGAACUCUCUGGGAGUCAACCCUCGAGUCAACCACCUCUACGCGUAAGAACGAAAAAAACACAUUUCAGUCAUUUUUAGAUCCUUCAGAGGGUUUUCUUCAGGUUUCAGGUAAAAACUCUGUCAGCUCUUCAGGUGUUUCCGUUCAUUUCUUCGUCUUUUCACGAUUCUUACAAAACUAAAUUUUUCUAAUGAUAAAAAUAUUUUCUCUUUUUUGGACUCGUGAAACUUUAAAUCCGUCUUUACUGAAGGGAGCAGGUCUUUACUCCUAACCCCCAAUUUUCACCGCAUGUGGAACGGCUCCAAUCCGGAAUAGCGUUCAUUUUCGCCGUACACCACUUCCUACCGGAUCUGUUGGCAAAGCGAAUUUUGCAGCGGAUUACGGACAGCAGGAAUCGCUAGAACUCACAAGAACCCGCAGAUUCACGUUCAACCGCGCGAUUAAUUCAAUCUGUGCUGAAUUUAUCCGCCAUGCUCCGGCGUCCGGAAAAAAUAGAGCUCGAGAUCAGCUGAGGAGUCCGGCGAGCCGCAGUAUUCCUGUCCUCGAGUCUUUAAUCGUGUUUCUGUUUUUGUUUUUUCAGAGACAUCGAUGACGCUCUGGUCAUCUUCCAGCUCUACGAGAAGAUUAAAGUCCCCGUGGACUGGGACAGAGUCAACAAACCUCCAUACUCCAAACUGGGCAGCAACAUGAAGAAGGUAAAUCAGCUGAUCAUUCAGGUUCUCCUGGACCACUCGCCGUUUUAGUUUUGAUGUUUUUCCGCCUCUGCAUCCAUCUGCCCUCUCUCUCGUUUCUCAGUUAGCUUGAGUUAAACUAAAAAUCUAAAUCUGUCGUAAGUCUGUGUCGACUCUAACUAAGUUCUGGUCCUUCUGGUCCAGCUGGAGAACUGUAACUACGCCGUGGAGCUGGGGAAGGAGAAGGCCAAGUUCUCUCUGGUCGGCAUCGCCGGUCAGGACCUGAACGCCGGGAAUCGAACCCUCACCCUGGCUCUGCUGUGGCAGCUCAUGAGGAGGUGACAGCGCCGCCCUGCAGCUCCUCCCUCAGAUAAUUAACCCUUUAAACCCCGCAGUGACGGAGCUUGUCCUGAACGUCUCCUCUCUGUUGGACAGAUACACCCUGAACAUCCUGGAGGACCUCGGAGACGGGCAGAAGGUGACGGACGACACCAUCGUGGGCUGGGUCAACGACACGCUGAGGCAGGCGGGAAAACCGACCAUCUCCAGCUUCAAGGUGAUGACACACACACACACACACACACACACAAACACAAACACAAACACAAACACACACACACACACACACACACAAACACAAACACAAACACACACACACACACACGCACACACACGUCUGACAAACUCAUGAGUUUAUCUCUAAAAAUGUUUGAGUAUCUAAAAUGAUCUUCACUGUGUGUGUCUGUGUGUGUGUGUGUGUGUGUGUGUGUGUGUGUGUGUGUGUGUGUGUGUGUGUGUGUGUGCAGGACGGGUCCAUCAGCAGCAGCAUGCCGGUCUUGGACCUGAUUGAUGCGAUCCAACCCGGAUCGAUCAAGUAUGACCUGCUGAAGACGGAGGAUCUGACCGAGGAGGAGAAACUCAACAACGCAAAGUACGACUUAAAUUUACUGAUCCUGAACUUUUACGAUUUUACAUUUUAUUAAAAAAGUUCAUUAAAGGGAUAUUCCAACUUAAAAUUUAGGGUCAAACUCACCGUAACACUGAGUUAGGACUGCAGCGGGGUGCCGCAGCUCAAGGGAGAACAUUUAUGAUCAUUUCUUUAUCAUUUCCUUGAAGUAAUAAUCAUCAUAUUAAUCAUUUUACAGACGCGGUAGUUCUUCUGUCUUAGCGUCUCGGUCUGAUUGUAUUUCCAUGAAGAAAUGAUCAUAAAUGUUCUUCCUUGAGCUGCGGCACCCCGCUGUAGUCUGUAAUGGACUGGCCUGAGGUCUCUCUACAGAGUGGCGUUUUGGUUGAGGGCGUGGCUCUCUGUAUUUCUAUCCUGCGGUCGUUACUAAAGUUGGUAUAACUAGAGAGCAAGCGGUCGACAACAUUCAUCUCUGGAGGCGGGGUCUAACUCGGUGUUACGGUGGGUUUGACCCUAAAUUAAUUUCACCCCAGAAUAUCCCUUUAACUUUAAUUUUUUGAAAAUAUUCAAACUCUAGAUCUGUAUUUUUAUUCUAGUAGAUCCUGAACCUCUCUGAUCAUUUUUAACUCCUCCUCUUCCUCACUCUCUGCUCUUCAUCGUCUAUCCAGGUACGCCAUCUCCAUGGCGAGGAAGAUCGGCGCCCGAGUGUACGCCCUGCCCGAGGACCUGGUGGAGGUCAAACCCAAGAUGGUGAUGACGGUGUUCGCCUGUCUGAUGGCUCGCGGCAUGAAGAGAGUGUGAAGAGCGGAGAGCGGCUCUUUAAAGUGGACUUUCAAAACCGUCUGUGACCCGGUCCUGAGGAGGAUCUGAGAAGAUGUUCCGAUGUUCUGACGGGGUCGGUGUUUUUAGGGUCAGCGAGCGUCACGUCUGUUACUGAUGAUGUUUCUGUUACAUAAAAACUUUCAGUCUGAGGAGGUCACCUGGAGCAGAGCUGAGGAGAUCACCUCCAUCUUCUUCUUCUUCUUCUUCUUCAGCUCUUUCUUCUGCUCUUCAGGCUCAGAGUCAGUUUAAACUUUUCCUACUUUUCUACUUGAUCAUGAACUCAACCCCGAUCAAUUACAUAAAUAAAUUGUGACAAAUAAAGAAGUUUUUGUAAAAACGUG